AUGGACACGCCGUUGAAGGACCGCGAGACGUUCAUCCAGCAGAGCAUCAAAGACGUCGUCUGUGACAUAUGCGAAGCAACCUUCACAUAUGUCGUCCUUUUCCACAUGGCCCCCAAACCCGUCUUUGUGUCAGGCGAGCGCAAAGUUAUCGACACCCUUGAUCAAGUCGACGACAAGCAUAGAGCCGUGGACUUCGUCUUGGACUUGUUGUUCGCAACCAAAGCCUUAUACGAAAACGAGUCAAUAUUCGAGUCCGACAUCGAUGAGAAGAUAAAUGAAGCCUUGUUGCACAGCGCCAAGCGCCACAAUUGCAAGCAUGGAUUGCUCAUAAAGGCAGUUCAUUGGGCUGCUGUCUCUGCAGUCGCGAAAGAGAUGGUCGAAAUGCACUACAAAACUGAAGGCAAAGCUGAGUUGGACGUAUUAGCGAAGUCCUCGAAUUGGAUGGCGAAGAUGGCGAAGGCAGUAGGGCGGGAAAAAUGGGAUCGCUAG